UCCCGCCCGGCCCCGGCGCAUGCGCACGCGCUCCCGCGGCUGUCCCCUCACACUCACACUCGCACCGGGCGCUUCCGCCGCGGCAGUUCCGGCCCGGGCGCUGCGCGGGCGGUGUGGCCGCUCCGCUCCCGCCGCUCUCGCCGGCCCGGCCCCGCUUCCCUUCCCCGGCACCGCCUCAUGCAGCGCCGUGACGACCCCGCCGGUCGUUUAUCUCGGGGACAAGGCCCCGGUGGUCGCGCACCGCCGCGCCGGCAGCCCCGUGGCGGAGGGGCCCGCGGGGCCGCAGCGCAGCCGCCGCCGCCCGGUGUGGCCGCGAUCGGUGGGGCAUCAGGGCCGGGGGGAACCGGUAUGGUUGGAGGCAAGAUGGAGCCUGAGAACAAGUACCUGCCCGAGCUGAUGGCCGAGAAGGACAGCCUGGACCCGUCCUUCACGCACGCCAUGCAGCUCCUCACCGCAGAAAUUGAAAAAAUCCAGAAGGGUGAGACAACAAAGAAGGAUGAGGAGGAGAAUUACCUGGAUUUAUUUUCCCACAAGAAUAUGAAACUGAAGGAACGAGUUCUGAUCCCUGUCAAGCAAUACCCCAAGUUUAAUUUUGUUGGGAAGAUUUUGGGACCCCAAGGCAACACCAUUAAGAGACUUCAGGAAGAAACUGGUGCUAAAAUCUCUGUACUGGGGAAAGGUUCCAUGAGAGACAAAGCCAAGGAGGAGGAGCUGCGCAAGGGCGGCGACCCCAAGUACGCGCACCUGAACAUGGAGCUGCACGUCUUCAUCGAGGUCUUCGGGCCGCCCUGCGAGGCCUACGGCCUCAUGGCCCACGCCAUGGAGGAGGUCAAGAAGUUCCUGGUGCCUGAUAUGAUGGAUGAUAUCUGCCAGGAGCAGUUCCUGGAGCUCUCCUAUCUCAACGGGGUCCCGGAGCCCAACCGCGGCCGAGGCGGCCCCGGGCGGGGCCGGGGGGCAGCCCCACCUCCCCCUCCUCCCGUGCCAAGGGGCCGUGGGGUUGGUCCUCCUCCUCCUCCUCCUCCUCGGGGUGCCCUGGUGCGGGGAGCCCCGGUGCGCGGGGCCAUGGCCCGGGGGGCCGCGCUGGCCCGGGGGGUGCCGCCUCCGCCGGCGGUGCGGGGCGCUCCUGCCCCCCGGGCACGGGCAGCCGGCAUCCAGAGGAUACCCCUGCCCCCUCCGCCCGUGCCGGAGACAUACGAGGAAUAUGGCUACGAUGAAACGUACGCAGAGCAGAGCUACGAGGGCUACGAGGGCUACUACAGCCAGGGCCAAGGGGAUACAGAAUAUUAUGAUUAUGGACACGGGGAGGCACAGGAAACCUAUGAAGCUUAUGGCCAAGAUGACUGGAAUGGAACCCGGCCCUCCCUGAAGGCCCCCCCAGCCCGGCCAGUCAAGGGGGGCUACAGGGAGCACCCCUACGGCCGCUACUGACCCCAAAACGGGGCCAAAAAUCCCAAUUUAGGAGCAAACCCUUGUUACUGGUUCUUGUAUCUCCCGGGAUUCCCGUUGCUUUACCCACAGCAGACAAGUAAUUGUCUCCCUGUUUUUCUUCCUGGCCCUUUUUUUCCUUCCACUCCAUCCUCACCCUGUAUGUAGUGACUUCUCCAGGUGAAUUUCAAUAGAUUUAGAGGGGAAAAAUUCUUAAUUUUUAUUAUUUUUGGGGGGGUUUGUUGUUUUUUAUUUUUUUGGAAUUUUUUUUUGUGUUCUUGGUUUUUUUUUGGGGGGGAGGUUUUGAUUUUUUUCUUCUUCUUCAGUGUGUAGAUGGCUUUUCUUUCUUUGUCGUUUUAGGUUAAAAAAAAACAAACAAAAAAAACCAAACUGUACCUUUUUUAAGGGGUAAAAAAAAAAAAAAAAAGACAAAAAAAACCACCAAACUAAAAACCAAGUUUAAAAAUGUUAGUUUCCAAAAAGUGACGUGCUUUGCUUAGUUCUGAAAUUAAGGUUUUGUUAAAAGUUUUAAAGUUUGUUUUAAAGGAACCCAUUAAAGGUUGUAGUUGCAGAAUCCCAAAGUAGGCUACAUUUCAAAAUUCAGGGUUAUUUUUUUAAGAUUUAAAAUCAUAAUGUAACAGUAGUGGCUGCCACCAUUAAAAAAAAAAACAAAAAACCAAAAAAAACCCAAAAAAUAACUUCAGAUGCCAAACCUUUAAAAGGAGAUUGCUGGUGAAUCUUGAAGUUUAAAUUUUAACCCAAAGGAUCCUCCAAACAAAUUAAAUAGCAUUUUCUAAAGAGAAUUGACUUAAAAGGAAAAAAAUUAGGUUGGUAAAAAAUUGACUUUUCUUAUGUGGAUUUUGAAAUCUAGCCCCCCGUGCAGUGUUGAGAUAUGCUUGGGAAUAUUUUUCCAGUGGAAAGGGAUUUUAGUUUAAUUCUAAAUGAACAAUUCUUAAGGGAAAAAAAAAACCAAAAUAUGGCUCAAAUUGCCCAGUGUUUGAUAGAAAGAAUAUUCCAUGAUAGGCCUGUAAAAUUCACAUUUUUUGUUGCCCUUUGGGGCAGAAAAUCUGCUGAAAAUUCCAAACUCACCCCAAAAAAAAAUCCCAAUUUCAAGCAGUCCCAGCCACUUCAAGUGUAUCUCAGCACGAGCUUUGCAUAAAAAGGGACACUGCAGCUGUAAAAAAACAAACAAAAAAAAACCAAAACAAAAAACCAGACAAAACAAUCCCAAAUUUCACUUUGUACAUAAGAUAAAGUCCUAAUUGGAUUUGUUACGCUGUCCUCCCACUCUGUUCUGGAAGAGAAAAAUGCUACAUUUUGUGUAAAGUCUGCCUAACUAGGUAGCUCAAAACGUGUCAAAAUGUCUGUCUCAAUCUGUCAAUAAAGUUUAGUCCUUUUUUAAUCAAA